AAGCAGUCAAGUCAAAGUCAAAAACUAAAUGAUAAAUUUAGCAAGGUCGUUUGGAUUGGAUUUAGCUAUUUAACGGUACUGGUCUGUGUUUAAAACAAAAAGUACUUACACUGAUAUUCUUCUACAUUAUCUUCUUUCUUGCGUCUACUUGGUUCAGACAUUUUAACAAUUUCGAAACCGUAUAAUUGUUGCCGAAAAUUUAUAAGUGCAUAAUAAUGCCGAAACUACCAAAAAACUGACUGAUACAUGAAAUUUGCGUUUGAACUUGCUGGCGUGACACAUACGACUUUAAAUAAAUUUGGGAACCGGCCAGUUCUAUUGUCAUGACUUCUUCACAAACACAAGACGAAUGUCAGAGUAAUGACCCAAAUAACGUGCUGUCUAUCGCAGUGGAAUCUGCCCGUUUUCCGGUGGAUAGCUCGAUGCGGAUAGUAUUUACUGGAUAUUACAAUGGAUUUAAUGUCGAGGUGAGAUCGCCAGAUGAAAUGGCUCUGCUGUAUCACAUGGGGUGUUUUGGCAAGGGCUCCGUUUCGCGUUCCAAGCCAAGAGCAGCUCAUAGUGCUUAUAGCCUAAUUAUGCGCAAACGGCAGUUUCUCAAACGGAACUAUUGGUAUAAAAAGUUUGCUGAUAACCAUGGGAAAUCUGUUGUAGACAAAUUAUUAACAGACAUGGAUGGGUUGAUCAGUAAGAUAAAGCAUGACAGCCGAAAAAUUGGCAAUAAAGAUGUAAUAGACUUGGUGUCUAGUGAUGAUAGUAAUAGUGCUAGUAAUGAUGCUUUGGACAGUGAGCAGGGCCAUUUUGAUAACUUUGAGCCACAUAGUGACCAAGAAUUGGUUGCUAUUGUUCCAGACAGUGAUACCGAAGAGGGUAAUUAUAUUGAAAAUCUAAAACCAAAAUGCUGCAUAAAUAAUAUAAAGCUUCAAGAAAAGCUAAUGCUGAGUUUGGAAGAGGCUUUUUUCCUUUCUUAUGGUCUUGGUUGUUUACAAGUUAUAGGUAGUGGUAAUAAGAUGCUCACAAUAGAGCAAUGCUGGAAUUUGUUCACAAAUAUGGAUAAGAAGUUUGUCCCCAAAUAUGUUGUUUAUCAUUACUUCAGAUCUAAGGGUUACAUUGUCAAAUCAGGAAUCAAAUUUGGUGGAGACUAUGUGUUGUACAGAGAGGGUCCUGGAGUAAUGCAUUCUGAUUACAUAAUAGUAGUAAAAUGCAAAAAAGACCAAUUUGAUUUUGUGUCAGUUCUUGGGCAUGUGAGAAUGGCCACUACUACUACAAAGGAAGUAUUGAUUGCAGAAGUUGAUGAGCCCAGUGCAUAUCCAGAAAAUAUGCCAGAAGGAUUAAGGGAGUACAGUGUGCGGGAAAUACAUCUUACUAGGAACAUUCCAAUAAUAGUAAAUGAUGAAAUUGAUUAAUACAUUUGGUAUCUUACAAAUAAAAUAUGAUUAAGCCCUU